AUGGAAAAAAUUGUUGUGCAACAGCCAAUGAUGACACCGAUUAUCUUGUUGCUAGUGCUAUCAUUUGUAGUUUCAAUUUUAACACAAUUCUCAGCCGAUGACGAAGAUGGUAUUCUUCAAACACCUCAAAUCACAAUCAAAUAUGGCUAUAGAACGGAAGUUCAUAAAGUGGAAACGUACGACGGAUUCGUUGUGGAAAUGCACCGGCUUACGGCUUCCCCAUCGACCGGUCAAUUUGAUUCCGGUAAACCUCCGGUGUUCAUAAUGCAUGGAUUGUUGGGAUCGUCGGCUGACUGGAUUCUGAUUGGUUCUCAAAAUGCCCUCCCGUAUCUGCUAUCAGACCGUGGAUACGACGUUUGGCUUGGUAAUGCCCGAGGAAAUCGCUACAGUCGAGAGCAUACUUACUUGACAAUUGACAUGAAGGAGUAUUGGGAUUUUUCCUGGCACGAAAUAGGUCUCUAUGACGUUCCGGCGAUGAUUAAUCAUGUCCUGCAGUCCCGUCGAGUUGAACAGUUGCACUACAUAGGACAUUCUCAGGGUACGACAGCGUUCUUCGUAAUGAUGUCGCUGAUGCCAGAGUUCAAUAAGAAAAUUAUUAAACUUCACGCUUUGGCACCUGCUGCGUAUUUGUAUCAUCUGAACAAUCCAGCAAUUCGAUUCCUAACCACGCAUUUACAUACUGCAAUGAAUGUGGUGAACAUUUUAGGAAUUAAUCAAGUCAUGCCAUCUGUACCUAUCUUUAACCACAUGGCCAGCUUAUUCUGCCCAAACAAUAGACAGACGUGCGUCAAAACAAUGUUCCUUCUAUCAGCUGGCGAGUAUCAAGAUCUGGAUCCGAAAAUUAUACCGGUUAUCGUUGGCCACAUUCCAGCCGGGGCGUCCAUCAAGCAAUUCGUUCACUAUGGUCAAAUAGUUCGGUCCGGACGCUUUCGUCAGUUUGACUACGGAUCCGAAAACAAUACCCAAAUGUACCAAUCUCCGGAACCUCCAGAAUACAAUCUUACGUACGUUCGUGCCCCUGUCGCCAUUUACUAUGGAACGCAAGAUCAGCUCACCCAUCCCAUGGAUGUUGGUCGGCUUGCCCGCGAGCUACCUAAUUUAGUUUUGCUGAGACAGCUUACGUUCAAUCAUUUGGACUUUUUGCUUGCAGCUGACGUUAAAGACGUCCUGUAUAGAGAUAUUUUAACCAGCAUCGAGGAGGACAGUUUGUCCCUUAAUGCUACGGUGUAAC